CGUUGACCUUCACUGCGUGCCUGACUGUACCCGACAUCUUGAUCAGCUUCUCUCCUCACCGCUACGCAUCACCACCAACUCCCACUACGGUCUUUGAACGCACGACGUCACACUGUAUCGACAGGAUGCGCUAGAUAUACUCGCAUGGUUCACGUCCGCGUUACACGACCUUGCCAACUCUGGGCCCUUCUGCCCCCCCUCGCCUGAGCCUUUCUCCUCCACGCUUUGAACAUGGCGCCGACCGCUUCCAAGAAGGGCACGAGAAAUACUGCACGUGAUCGACGCUCCUCAUCCCGCCAGUCUACCCCCCUCUCCGCCCUGGGAGAUACCGCUCCCCCUACCCCCCAAGCAGCAACUCCACAAUCCGCCAUCGCCACCCCUUCCAUCCCCAAAGAGACAGGCUACAUUCACACUCCGACCGCCGCGCUAGUCUCCCACGAUGACACCAUUUCCGCCCUCAUCGAGAAGGCGAAUGGAAGCGGUGCAAACAAAGGCGCCGACCCUCCCUCCGCUCGCGAACUGCAUGCCCUUCACGGCAAGAUCAAGGAAACCAUCAACAAGUUCAUGACGAGGCGCGGCGAGGUCUGCGAUCGGAGCAUGCGCCAGCUCGCGCAGAAGCGCAAGGAGCGCAUUGCGAUGGAGCGAGAGCAGGAAGCCAGCAGGGCUGCGGCGGAAGAUGCAGCGCGAGUGAAGCGUGAAAAGGAGGAGGAAAGUGAGAAGGAGAGGGAGAGGAAGGAGAAGAAGAAGAGCAAAAGUGCUGGCAGCGGGAAAAAGAGGAGUGCGGAUGAAAUGGAGCUGGAUGUGGAGGAGGGCGAGCGCCAGGAGCAGAAGGAUGCUCUGCCUAAUGUUGGCGCACAUGGAGUCGCGCGACAAGAUGGAGUGGGAGUGAAUGAAGGCGCAAAACCUCCACCAUCCCCGGUCAUCUCUCCACGACCCCCUGUCGAUCUGAUGGACGUCGCUGCAUCUCCCUCCGAUUCUGAUGUGUCCCGAGCAGAGCCAUCAUCAACUGCACCGCUAUAUGAACGACUCUUCGGCAAGGACCCUACCCUCUUUGACGACCCAAUCGUCUACGAUAUCCGCGAAUUACACGACGACAUGAGCGAGGAAGAAAAGAGAGCAAUUUUGAACGUGGCACGAUGGCCGGAGGGCGAUUUGCGGGAUCUCACCGCCGGUGAUCCUCCGGACAUGGACUUUAGCAACGCCAAACCCGCCAAUCAGGUCCACUUCUCCACCUUCCAGACCUACGCCGAACCCUACAUUCGCCCCUUUACCGAGGAGGAUGUGGCAUUUUUGAAGGAAAGAGGAGACCGAGUGACGCCCUACCUCAUCCCUGCGCGUGGCCCACGUGGCUACAAGGAGAUCUGGGCCGCGGAAGAUGGAAUGGACGGUGUCGCGCCGCCUAGGAAGCAAGAGCCGAAUCCCAACGAAGCGAGGGGCAGCAUGGAAGACAUGAACGACGACACGGCCGAGACGGACGAAAUCAGCCUCGGCCCCGUCAUGAACCGACUGCUCUCCAUCCUCCGCCCUUCACCCAGCACCAACAGCAAAAAAGAACCCGUCGAAGACAUCGACGGCGACACGAGCAUGCUCAACGGCGACGCCGAUCAAACCGCCCCCGGCGCCCCACCCACAACAGCAAUCGAAGACACCAAACCCACCACCUGCCUCCCCCCCGACGCCCCGCGCCCUCCAACCCUCCCCCAACUCGACUACGCCGAGAUCGAAAGCCGCGCCAUCCAAGAACUGCGGCACAUCGGCUUCCUCGGGCCGAACGACAUGCCGGACCUAGCCUCCCACAACGACGACGAAGUGGCGGCGCGGCUGCGCACGCUGCAGCACGAACUGCGCCGCGUCAGCCGCAUCAACAACAUGCGCAAAGCGCGCGUGCUCGAGCUGACGGAAGAGCGCAUGGCGAUGCAGGAGUACAGCAACAUCGCAGACGACCUGGACAACCAGGUCAACGCGGCGUACCUAAAGCGCAACCGCAGUUUGGGCAAGUCGGGAUCAAAGAAGGGCGGCGGGGGCGGCGGCUCGAGCGCCAGGCCUGGGCAGAAGGGUGUGGCGGGCGUGGGGGCGGGUGGGGGCGGAAGAGGCGUGAGUGAUGGGGUGAGGGCGUUGAUGCAGAAGCGCCGGGAUUGGAUUGAGAUGGUGGGGCCUGUGGUUGGGUUUGGGCGGCCGCCGAUUCCCGGGGACGAAGAGACGAUUUUCGACGAGGCGAGUAUGAAGCGGUUGGAGAAGGCGGAGAGGGAGGCGGAGGCGGGAGAAGCGGAGGGGGAUUGAAGAUGCGUUGCCAUUGGGAAGUGAUGAAGACAUGACAGACGUUACGCGAACAAAU